CUCUCCGCCAAUCAUCGACAAGUCGACAACACUGUAUGAGGAUUCGUCCACCGUCCGGAAAUCGUUUCGAACCCCUCGCUUCCCUCUCUGCUUCAUUUCCCACCCGCAGUUCUCUUCAGCGAGAGUCUACGAUGCGGUACUCGUGGAAGUGACUGGGAUGUUUGCUAGCCCAAGGUUAUGAAGUGAAGGCAGGGCCCACUGCGAUCUGGUGAAUCUCAGAUCUUCCUAUUUCUGCUUAUCAAGGUUGCCUAUCUUUGCCUAUUCAUGUAUUAUCAGACAUCUGCGGUCACUAGAACUGCCGUCGACGAUGCCAUGUCCCUUUCUGUCAAGGCCAACUUCCUCCGAGUCCCGACAUGCUCACCCUCGACUUUUUGUGAGCAUGGAACUAUUUACCUCCGGUGGUUAAAACUAGGGCCCUCAAUGAGAUGGAGCAGAGAAUGGAGGUGGAGCUCGCGAAGUUGCUGCUGAGCAGCUUCAAGUCUGGACCAUACUCAUCGGAAGCAAGCACUGGGAUCUGGACGGUGCAUCAUCCGUGCUCAUCAGCUUACAGGGAUCAAUUCUCAUUAUGCCUGCAGCUGGCGAUGAUCUCCGUUGCCCUGUGCGUGAGGUGUCCGCAAAAAAGUGGCGGGUCGAACAUCCCAGGAAGAUCCACGACCAAUGUGUCUUGCGAACAGUUCCUCUUCAGAGCUUAUCCCUACCCAGCUCGCACCUCGUCUCUCUCCCGAGUCUCUCGUUCUAUUUCCCGGCUGUGAUUAGUGUAGACCGCAGUCUCAACCUGUGUCAUCUUCCGCACAGACACGCCAAGUCCAUGCAUUUAUUGUGACCUCGUUCUACUCUUACAAACUUCGCGCCAAAUCGUCCUAUUACAGAAUGGAAGAAAAAGUCGUGUUUCACUGCGUCGUCGUCCUCCGCUUUUUUGAUCGUCUAAGAGACUCCCCGUUUCUCCGACCGCCGUGGCAUUGGUCUGAUUGGACGCAUAGCCCUGCUGCUGCUCUGAUGCUUGCUCCCGUUUUCUUUGCUGCCCGCUGGCAUCAUCAUCUCCUCGACUAUCAUCUGGUUCUCCCGCUGGACCUUGUCGGCAUGGGCGACCUCGUUCGUGAUGGUACGCAACGCCUGUGUUUCAGUCACCAUUGUGGUCGACGCCAUCAUCUUCUGGUUCCAAGUUUUCUCUGCGAUCGCCAGCUGGGCGAUUCGCUUGUCCGAUGCCUGGCGCUGGCGGCAUUCCUGAACGCCAAAGUCGGGUUCCAGAGAAAGGUAGAUGCGGCUCCUGGAGUUGGGGAAGCACGUCAGCUCGUCUUCGAGAACGCACAAACAAGGGGAGCGCACCAAGCAUCACUGAAAGCUCCCUCGGACCCAUCCAACUCAUCUAGUACGGGCAUCCACUUCAGGACCUUGACGACGAAGUGACUUACGCUCGUCAAAUCGCUCCAUCCUGCGGUAUGGAGGUGCGCUUGGGCCGCUGCGUGAAUGAGGGCCAAACCGUCGACCAAGUCGAAGGACAAAGCCCGCGCGAUCGGGCUCAUGGAGGUCUUGGGAGGAGCGAGGCAGCUGUAGGGCAGUGUCAAGCGCAUUCCAAUCAACAAUGAGCAAGGCGUUACGCACCUCCAGUCCCAUCCAUUUCCCUUGCGUUCUACGUUGCGCGGUUGGCUCAGGGCCUUGCGCCGAUCGUGCAUUGCCGUGUGCAUCUUCAGCCUGGGAACGACGCAUCAGACCACCUCGACAGACUGGGACCCAACGACAACAACACUUACAUGCUCUCGUGUAGGACGGUCUGCACUACCUCAUCAGCCGUUCCGUCCGCCAUUGUUGGCAGAUGUGCAAUAACGUCCGCGACGAAGUCGACCAUCGCCCCCACUCCCGGAUUCGCGCGCAGGAACGCUUGCGCGAGGAACGUCGCAGCCCACAUCAUCUGCAGCAAUGUCUGGCUGGCUGCGAUCUGAGGAUGCAUGGUCGGAAGAAUGAGAGUCUGUGAAGCUACGUUUGUCGCAUUGAUACCCACUCGGGUCAACGGCACGUGUGAACAAUGCACAACCUUUGCAGCUCCCAGUCGUGCACAGCUUGUGCUUGGUCUGGAGCGUGGAUAUAUCGCUUCGAUUCCAUCGUCUUGAACUACCGGAUGAAUCUAUAUUUCGUCGGCAAUGCGAUCCCUAGUGCUACAGCACACAAAUAAACAUAUACGGACAUUUCCGCCAACUGCAUUCCAUCUCUCUUUUGGCGGUAGUGGCCCACACGAGGGCUCAAAAGCUCGCUGCCUCGCUCCAUGUUCGUGAGUGAACGAUCGAGGUGGUUACGAACCUUUUGUCCCAAUUUGCACCCUGAUCGUGUUUUAUUUCGAUACUCUCCUCUCCCCACUCGUAUUUCUCACAAUAGAAACAGAUAUACCUCUUACGAACCUAUGUAUAUCCCUCACCCCCGGACAGCGAUGCAUCGGAAAGAGCUAAAAUUCUACAGAUUGUGUCGGAUAAUCUGAUAGAUUUUUC